CAGAAUUAAAGAUAUGAGCCUGUCAGUGUUUACAAAUUUCUCUGUAUAAGGCUGAAGGAAAUCUCGCCUGUGUCACGAUGUCGCCGUCGCACAUAUCCAACGAUGGCAAUGACGAGCACCGUGACAAGAGAGUUCGAAGAGUAAGAAAAGGGACGCGAAGUUGCUGGGAGUGCAAGCGUAGGAAAAUCAGGUGCAUAUUUGGCGACGAUAGUGAGCCCACAUGCAAAGGAUGUCUAGACAGAGGCACAUCAUGCGUUUCUCAAGAGUUCCUCGAUGAUGCUGAGCGCUCAAGUUCAAAUAAUACUGGACUUGGCCACCGGCUUGGCAGGGUCGAAGAGCUGUUGGAGAAGCUGAUAACAAAGGUCUCGCCGAGCAUCGAUAGAUCUACUCCUGCUGAAGAAGCGGCGGACAAUCUAGAAGCCUCCGCAUCAUGCAUUGGUAUCGAUGUGAUUGUGCCGACUGACGAGGGCGGCCAUACCGAGUAUGGAAACGCCCCGAUUAUGUCUCUCUUCGACAAUAGUGUUUUGAGCCGGCCUCCUGUUCCACAGCAUGUGCGGCAAAUGCCUACCCCGGGCUCCACAACCAGCUGCUCAUCGAUGGAUACGUGUAACAAGAUAGACACCGUUCGUCGUACCUUGUACCGCCUUCUUCCCUCUCAGGCAGAUUGUGAUCUCCUGACAAGCCGUGCCAACGAGUGGUGGUAUCUGAAUAAGUAUUUAUCACAACUUACCAUUCAAACCGGGGACAGGCCCUACGGAAUCCCUACCGUUGGGGUGGAGGAAGUCCGGGCAUGGCACCCAGCAGCUAUAGCAAGGCACCUGCUUGCACUCUGCCUCUGUGUCCAGCAAUCAUCAGAAGGGUCUAAAUUGAAAGCCCUGGAAAUGCCGACGCCUUCUGCAUGGAUGGAGAAGUGCCUGACAAUCAUCACGAAUAUCGUGACCUCUGACGACGAACUUGUUGGAAAUGUGGAAGGUCUCGAGUGUCUCAUCUUGCUUGGAGGCUUCCAGAUCAAUGUGGGAAAUCUACGGAGGGCAUGGCUCAGCUUUCGUCGGGCAUUGAAUAUCGCACAGCUAAUGGGCCUCCACCGGUCCCCAGCCAAAAACAAGCGUGAUAGCACAAUGCCUUUAUCUCCAGAAGAUAUCCACCGCAGCUACAUUUAUUAUCACCUUUUGAAAGGCGACGUUUAUUUAACCUUGCUCCUCGGCCUACCACCAGCCGUUGCCAAAGACCCCUACGCAGGGCAACCAGAGGGUGCAUAUGAUUCCUUGAGCAAGGAAGAAUUGUACAUUAAGGAACUCAGCACCAUUGCCCUCCGUGUCAUCGAACGCAAUUCCUCCGGUGAAUCCAACGCCUACGCCGAGACGCAGCAGAUUGACGAAGCACUCGAAACCUUGAAGCAGACCAUGCUUCCAUGUUGGUGGCACGUGCCAACAACUCAAGAGUACAUGAAGAAAAUGAACUCUAACGGUGUAACGAAGGAGAUGGACCGCCUACUCGGCCAGCUAUGGCACUAUCAGAUUGAGACCCUCGUGCAUUUACCAUUCAUGCUUCGCUCAGCCACCGACAGACGCUACGACUACUCCAAGAUCUGUUGCCUUAACGCCUGUCGGGAAUUAAUACAGCGAUGGCUGUUACUGCGGAAGUGUGAGGAUCAGCCGUUCAUAUGCCACAUCGUUGACUUCCAAGCCUUCAUGUCCGCCAUCAUCAUCCUCCUCGGGCUCAUGGGAACACCAAGCCAGGGCAUCCUUGACCCGACCCAGCGUGACCAAGACCGCGGCAUGGUAGACGACCUCAUCAAAUCCCUCGAGAACACGGCCUUUGCAUGCAGCUUCGCCCUCGGCAAGCAGUGCGCAGAUGUCCUCAAAACCCUCAUCUCGACGGACCUAAACGGGCUAACAGGCAACCUACGCCUCAAGAUUCCCUACUUUGGCGUCCUCACGCUCGUAUCGGGAGCACAGGCUGCGAACGUCGAGAAGCAGUCGCCAAUCACGCCGGCCUCGUUAUCUAAGGAGUCUAACGAGCCGACGCCACGACCUCCGGCCUGGCUUGGUAUGCCAGGCAUGGGGGAGAAUAUGGUGCCGGCACCUGUGCUAUCAUUUGCGAGCACGCAGUUUCCGGGGAUGGAUGAGACAGGUAUUGAUGGGGGGUUGUCAGAGUGGCAGUUUAGGGACUCAGAUAUUAGGGUGUUUGAUAGCCUCGCUAACACGGAUGUCGAGGGUAAUUGGGGGUUUGGGGCCGUGUAGAAUAGGGGCUGGGCCUCCACGAUAUAAAUUGGAAGGAGGAUUACUGUGGCGUCUGAGGCGUACUGGCUGGCACUGGCAACAGGGGCUGCACUUUGAGAUUCUAAAACAUAGAAUAAUUGUUAGAUCUCCCAACUCCAUACUUGUAUUUAAUAGUAAUCAAGAUACUCUUGACUGCUCUUGGGUCCUAAUAUCAG